AUGGCAACGAUUACGCGCACACGACGAAGAGAAGUAACGACUACAGUUGAUGAUGGGCUGAGAAAUUCGUCGCAAGAUUUUCGCAAUGUUGUUCACGCAGUUGGCACUGGAAUGCGAGACAUCGCACGAACAACGGCUGAAGUUCUUGGCGAAUUUCAAGAUGCAUUAAAACCGCUAAUGUCAGAGUUCAGCGCGGAGGAACAGAACCAAAUAUAUAGUGCAUUCCUUGAAUAUCACGAACUACUAACGACAAGUCAACGAUUUCUCACAAGAGCGCUGAUACUAGCUGCUCGAGCUUGGACAUCAACUGAAUUAAUGGCAUCGAUCGAUAUCCAGAUGAUACGAGACAUAUGCUCGACUGUCAAAGCAUUAUUCGAGAAAUUUUUAAAAAUCAAUCCAAUUCUUCAAGAAAAACUUAAAGAUCAACCAGCACUUAAACGAUGGAGAAAUAUUCUUGGUCUUUUUGCGUUUAUUGGUUUUUGUUCUAUAGGAAUUGGUACUGCAGUAGCUCGAUUCACAAUGACUGUUGCUACUACAGCACCGGCAGUGAUGGCACAUGUCGCUCAACAUGAAGCUGAACUAAGUCAUCUUAAAAGUACUUUAGUAGAAAUUCGCGGUGUACUCACAACAUUGAGCCAGAAUUAUCCAAAAAUUGAAGUGACGGCUCAAAUCUUAUCCGAUGGUGCCCAUUCAAGACAAGACUUUAUUCAACUUUUAAAAGACACACAGGCUGAAGUUGACAAAGGCUUCGCAAUUUUGCGAAAUCUAUAA